CUGCUCCAUGGCUCCGCGGUACCGCGGUCAUGAGCUUUGCGGCCCCGGAGGUGGUCUCUUUUGCGUGUGCCCUGCGCAUUUUCAUUGCCCCCCCAAGUAUCCGCCAAAUAAACGCGCCGUGUGCGCGGCUUGGCGCAUCUUCUCUCUCUGUUCUCUCACGUCUCGUCACGCUUUCUGCCAAGCCACGCUCUUACCACCCUUCUUAACUGCCCGUCUGUUGUUUGUCGUCUGUCGCCUGUCAAAUUCGUCCGACAAAUAUGUAUCUGUUGUUCGCUGUCAUUCCGAGUUUGACACCGGAUCGCUACGCUUCGUCCGUGCUUCGCCAAUUCCCUAUGUUUGUGCACGGACUACGGCAGCGACGACGACGACGACGACGACGUUUCUUACUUAUGUUACUUAUGUUACGUUACAUUAUUCUUUACUUGCACUUUAUUUUCAUCACAUUGUUUCGCAUUUAACGCGUUCUAUCUCGCGUCGCGUUUUACCAUGCGUGGGAUACCUGAAUAUACGCGCGGGAAAUGCUCCGCCGCGAACUCGUUGUUUAUGUUUCUCAAAUCACGACCGUAUGUAGUAUCGUUGUCCCUGGAUUUUUAUCUACUCUAUUUUACUCUUAUUGUUGCAAUGCGUCUGAUUGUCAUCAUUCCCCGUACAAGAAAACGUUACGCAAGAAUCAAUUAGAGAAGGUGAUGUAGAAAAGAAAUAAGAAUUCGAAGAUUGACAUUUAUUACAACUGGACAUUGCAAUAUAAUCAAAGACAAGACGGGUGACGAAGACAAGAAGAUGGUAUCUCUGCCUAAUGCAGAGUCUGGAACAAUGGACAGAAUCUCAGAUGAUGAUGAUGACGAGCCAAGUAGCGGAUCUGAAACGUACGAGGAGGGUGACCUGUUGACUGCUGCUAUGGAUGAUGAUGUAACGGCCCAGCUCGCCGCUGCAGGUUGGCAAAUCAAACACGCUAAUGGGCCUGUUGGCGUAGCUGCUGCUGCUGCGAUUGUCUCAGCGAAAAAAAGAAAACGACCUCAUAGUUUUGAAACAAAUCCCAGCAUUAGAAAGAGACAACAAAAUAGACUUCUAAGGAAACUGAGACAAACCAUAGAUGAAUUUGCAACGCGGGUUGGACAGCAGGCAGUAGUAUUAGUAGCUACACCAGGGAAGCCAAACAGUAGUUAUAAAGUAUUUGGUGCAAAACCAUUAGAAGAUGUAGUAAAAAAUUUAAGAAGUGUUAUAAUGGAAGAGCUUGAAAGUGCGCUCGCGCAACAAGCUCCGCCGCCAGUGCAGGACGAUCCUUCUUUGUACGAAUUACCACCUCUUAUAAUAGACGGCAUACCAACACCUGUUGAAAAAAUGACACAAGCUCAACUCAGAGCAUUUAUCCCCUUAAUGUUAAAGUAUUCUACAGGCAGAGGUAAACCAGGUUGGGGGAGAGACAGUACACGACCACCGUGGUGGCCAAAAGAACUUCCUUGGGCAAACGUGCGUAUGGAUGCAAGGUCAGAGGACGAGAAACAAAAGAUUUCUUGGACACACGCGUUAAGACAAAUUGUAAUAAACUGUUAUAAAUUUCAUGGAAGAGAAGAUCUUCUACCUGCAUUCAGCGAAGAGGAUGAUAAAUCAAAUAUACUGAUACAACAGUCGACCCCUCAUUCUUCGUCACAUCCGUCACAUUCAUCCAGUCAAGGGCAAGGUGGACAAUCGCAACAACAACAGCAGACGGUGGGAGUUGUUCGCCUCAGCAGCACGGAUUCAUCUAAGGGAAACUCUUCGCCAGCACAAAUCAUUGCCGCGUCUCCUACAGCUCUUGCCACUGCCACUCAGAUGACAGCUCAAUAUCCAACAGCAGUUUUACAAACAAUAACGAACCCUGAUGGUACUGUGUCGAUCAUUCAGGUUGAUCCUAGUAAUCCAAUAAUUACGUUACCAGAUGGUACAACAGCUCAAGUUCAAGGUGUUGCUACCAUCCAUACAAGUCAAGGAGAAGUUCAAGCACUUGCUGAAGUAGCAGGCAGUGCGGAAGGUACUAGCGUGGCUGUCGACCUAAACAGUGUUACAGAAGCAACGUUAGGUCAAGAUGGUCAAAUCAUUCUCACCGGAGAAGACGGACACGGCUAUCCUGUUUCCGUCUCAGGAGUAAUAACAGUACCGGUGUCUGCUAGUAUGUAUCAAACUAUGGUUGCCAAUAUACAAAGUGACGGUACGAUGCAAGUAGUUACACCGAUGGUUCAAGUCCCAAAAGUUGAGCCUGGAAACGGGGAAACUAGCAUUGAGGCUGUCACUAUUCAAGGGCAUCCUAUGACAAUGAUAAACGCUGCAGGUGAACAUCAAGUUCUUCAAGUGAUAUCACUGAAAGAUGCUAAUGUCCUUACAAAGGCUAUGCAAGCUGAAGUUGUGAAAGAUGAGGACAGUCAACAACAACAAACCGUCUCUAGUCCAGAAUAAAGCGUUUUACAUAGUUAAUAUAAAGCUUUUAUGUUAACACCAGAAUGCGACAGGUGCACAUUAGUGGUGUUCAUGAGAGAAAGAGUGAGAGUAUUAGAAAUGAUAUGUGUUAUUAAUAUUAAGGAAACUGAUUGUGUCUUUUUUGAAUCAUUGUGUAGCGUGUCCUCUUGUUGAGAAACAGUAAAUGAAUAGCGAAUAUGUUUGGAGAGUGAAAAUGUUUGAAUGUUCCAAUGACUCAUUGGACUUGAAUGUAAUCAUAUUUGUAUUCAAGAUUCAUUGUAGACACUUAGAGGUAUUCACUUGUAAUUCAAUCUCUCAAAGAUAGUACUAAUUUUUAGAAAGUACUGCGGCGCUCGAUGAAUGCAAAUCAUCGUUAUAUAUACAAAAUUUCAUCGAUAUAUUUAUAGUGACGUCGUCUGGAUAUUUAACAUAUUUCCGUGAUAAGCAAACAUGGAUACAAAUAUUUUCGUCUAGUCUCUUAGUAUCGGAUCCUUAAGAAAGAUCGACAUACCAAAGAAUUUUAAAUUUGCGUUAGACUGUUUUACGAAACAGACUAUUAUCAACAAAUGAUAUAAUUUAACUACAUUGAUCUAAA